UUAAAAUCACAUUUUUGGCUUUUGGGAGCUGUAAACAAAUUUAUUGGAGUGAUCUUUUCUUAGUGAUGAUGGAAAAUUCAAGUUCCCCAGAAAACAAUACAGUCGUCGGCAACGUCAGCUCAGAUAAUGAAGAGGAAGCUAAGGUGAAAAAUGAAGAGAGUGAACGGAAUUUUUCUUCAGGGAACCGUUGGCCGAGGCAAGAGACUUUAGCUUUGUUGAAUAUAAGGUCUGAAAUGGACGUUGCUUUUAGAGACUCCGGUGUCAAGGCUCCUCUCUGGGAAGAAGUUUCCAGGAAAAUGGCUGAGCUGGGAUUUAUUAGAAGUGACAAGAAAUGUAAAGAGAAGUUUGAGAAUAUCUACAAGUACUAUAGGAGAACCAAAGAAUGUCGGUCCGGGAAAGCAAAUGGGAAGAAUUAUAGGUUUUUCGAGCAAUUAGAAGCAUUACCUUCUUUUAUUCCACCUGCCAGUGGAAAUUUCAACGCCUCAGUUGAGCCAUUGAAUGUUAUCCAUGAAGCUAUUCCGUUUUCAGCCCGAAAUCCAGCUUCGAAUUUCAAUGAGACCUCUACCUCGAUGACUUCUUCGUCCAGUAAGGAGUUGGAUGAAUCGGAUGGGACUAGAAAGAAAAAGAGGAAACAGACAGACCUUUUCGAGAGGUUGAUGAGGGAGAUGAGGGAGAAACAAGAGAAUUUGCAGAAUAAGUUUAUUGAGGCGAUAGAGAAGUGUGAACAGGAUAGGAUGGCGAGAGAGGAAGCGUGGAAGGUACAAGAAUUGGCUCGGAUUAAGAGGGAGCGUGAGCUAUUGGUGCAAGAGAGAUCGAUUGCAGCAGCUAAAGAUGCAGCUGUGCUAGCGUUCCUACAGAAGUUUUCGGAUCAAUCGACCUCGGUGCAAUUGUCUGAGACCACAUUCCCGGUUGAGAAAGCUGUUGACCGGCAAGAAAAUAGCUAUGGUAGCGAGAGUUAUACGCAUCUAAGUAAUUCUCGUUGGCCCAAAGAUGAAGUGGAGGCUUUGAUAAGAUUGAGGACUAAUCUUGAUUUGCAAUAUCAAGACAACAGCCCCAAAGGCCCUCCUCUAUGGGAGGAAAUAUCAACAGCAAUGAAAAAGCUAGGCUACGAUCGAAGCGCUAAGAGGUGUAAAGAGAAAUGGGAGAAUAUGAACAAAUACUUCAAAAGGGUGAAAGCAAGCAAUAAGAAACGGCCUGAGGAUUCCAAGACAUGUUCUUACUUCAACCAACUAGAUGCUUUACACAAAGAAAAGAUUAAAAGGGUUGAUGGCGCUUACGAGUUAAAGCCUGAGGAAGUCUUGAUGCACAUGAUGGGUGCCCAAGAAGAACGACCGCGUCAAGAAUCAGCAACGGAGGAUGGUGAAAGUGAGAAUGGUGAUCAAACUCGGGAUGACAACAGAAACACUGAAGGAGGAGGAGAUGGUUUUCCAAUCAUAGGUAAUGAUCCUUCUUCCAUGGCAAUUAUUGGCUGAUUGUGAGAGAAGUAGUGGAAUUUCCUUUUCGGAUGCUUAAAUUUUGUUAAAGUGGGUCAUGGUCCAUAGUGCUAGUGUCUGUAAAAUAGUGUGCGGAGAGCUAAAUUGAGUUUUGAUACAUCAAGUGGGUUAA